CAUGCGCAUGCGCAUUUCCCCUUCUUUUGGAUCAGCAAUGGCGUCCUCCUUCACGGUGUGCAGGUUACAUACGAUAGGAAGAGGCAGCCUGGCGAAGUGCCUACAGAAGGUCGAUACAUUUCUUCACAGGAAUAUUGGAACAAACGUUGUUGCUGUGCAAGAAGAAAAGAAUGGAUUCAAAUCUUUGUAUGCUGUCCAGGCAGAGAGACAAGAACAGGCAGAGAAAUCUGUCCUCAUCAGCUGCCACUCAAGAACCAAUGAGCAAAAGUUCCUCAAGUAUAUAGCAAAUUACGGAGAUAUCCAGAAAUACUUCUUUUAUGAAAGCUAUGGAAUGUAUGCCGUGGUAGAAUUUGCCAACCAGGAAAGUGUUGCCUCAUUGCUAGAAGGGACGGCCAUCCCUAGCAUCAGCCAUGAAUCCCUGGUGCCUUUUAAAUCAAGACUGCUGUCAAUGAGGAACCUCGACGCAGUGGAUUUACCGAACCAGUCAUCCGGAAAAAAGCGCCAAGCACAAACAAGCAUUCCCAUCAACGAGCUCAUACAGAGACUGUCCAAAGAAGAAAGUAUAGACCAACAGAUAACCUCCCUGACAGAAGCUUAUCAGCUAACAGAGGAGAACUGCCGACUGCGCUUCCUCGUCUGCUCUCUGCUCAAGGACAUUGCAGCUGCUUUUUUCCCAGAAUGCACCAUCAUGCCAUUUGGUUCGUCAGUGAAUGGCUUUGGAAAGCUGGGCUGUGACCUGGACAUGUUUCUGGACCUGGAUGGCAUCAGUGGGAAAAAUGCAACAAUGCCAAAAUCCGGUCUGUUCCUGGAGUACCAGAUGAAGAGGGCCAACUUGGAGCGGAUCGUCACCCAGAACAUCCUGUCAGUCAUCGGGGAGUGUGUGGACCAGUUUGGACCCGGGUGUGUGGGGGUGCAGAAGAUACUAAAUGCACGCUGUCCCCUGGUCCGUUUCGUCCACCAGCCCUCUGGCUUUCAGUGUGACCUCACAGCCAACAACAGGGUGGCGAUGAAGAGCACAGAGCUGCUAUAUCUGUACGGAGAGCUGGACCCACGGGUGCGUCACCUGGUGUUCACCGUGCGCUGUUGGGCUCGAGCUCACAGCAUCACCAGCAGCAUCCCCGGGGCCUGGAUCUCCAACUUCUCCCUCACCGUCAUGGUGCUGUUCUUCCUGCAGAGGAGGAGCCCCCCUAUCAUCCCAACCCUGGACCACCUCAGGGACCUUGCAGGUCCCGAGGACAAGUGCGUGAUUGAGGACAACGACUGCACGUUUGUCAGCGACUUCAGCAAGAUCCAGCUCGAGAGCAACACAGAAACACUGGAGCAACUGCUGUGUGAGUUCUUUGAGUUCUACUCCUCCUUUUCCUUCAGAACGCUGUCAAUCAAUAUCAGAAAGGGCAAAGAGCAGAACAAGCCUGAGGUAGCCCCGCUGCACAUCCAGAACCCGUUCGAAACCACUCUGAACGUCAGCAAAAACGUCAACGCCUCACAGCUAGACCGCUUUGUGGCUUUGUGUCAGGAGAGCUCAUGGCUGAUCCAGCAGAAUAAAACUGCCCCGUCCAGAGGUGGUACUAAAGCAAAGGGUGCUAUCACACCUUGGGGAGUAUCUACCCUCCUUCUGCCCUCCCAGGUUGCAGGGAUCAAAAGUCGCAAGAGACGGAAAUUCGAGCCGGCGAGCGAGAGGAUCAAGAGCUUGCUGGAAUCCUUAAAGAAUAUCAACAAAGAACUAAAUUAAACUCCUUGAGGUCGCAGCUCCAUCGUUUUACUAUCACUUUAGCUAAUGCUUUGGUCAACUCCACCGUCUGGUGUACUUUUCUGGUGCCUCACUGAGAAGGAGAGGAGCAGCUUUAGCAGUUGAUUUCAUCUGCUGGACUGUGCUGGACAAAUGUUCCAAACAUUGACACUGGAGGGUGUCACUGAGGCUUGUAUGUGCAUAUAUUUGGGCCUGCAAAAAGGGAGUUAUUACUAUGUACUAUACUGUGGACUUCCCUACUCUGUUGUAAUUAAAGCAAUUUAUGUGUGAACUGAUGCAAAUCCUGCCAGACGUUCUUUGGAACAAAAACUACCCUAACAUUUGAAUAUAUCUCAAAUAAAAUAAAAAUCAUUAUGGAUAUAUUUUUUUUAAUGAAUAUUACAAUACGGACAGAAUGAUCAAGAUUCUGUUGCAAGUUAAUGGGUUUGUUUAAUAUGGCACUCAAAAUCUGACAGAAGGCAGUUAAAAGAGUAUGGCAUGCAUCAGAAAUAAACCAGAAUACACAAGUUCUAUUAAUUAAAGAGUUUAUUGAAAAUA